AUGGCUUCGCCAGAUAAUCUCCGCCGGUUCUUGGAGCCGCUGAGCAUCGACGUCGACAGGGCACAUGAGCUCUCGCGGGGGUUUCUGGCCAACUUCAGGGAUCUGGCGGCGAACUCGAAGGACCAGUUUCUGCCGACGCCGAUAUCAGAGUCUAUUCUGCGGCCGAUUGUUGAGCAAGGGGGGCGACAUCUAGCAAUAGACAUAGGAGGAACAAAUCUUCGGGUUGGCUUCAUCGAGCUGCACGGCAACGACCCGGAUCCCUCAUCCCGCGUGCAGCGACCCCUGGAAAAGUCGUGGCCCAUCGACAACCACCUCAAGAAUGACAACGCAAACAGCCUCUUCUCCUGGAUCGGGCGAUGCAUCGCCGACGUCGUGGCCGAGGGCUGCAAAACCCUCGGCGUGCCCAACGACCGGCCGCUUCCCCUAGGCGUCACCUUUAGCUUCCCCAUGGAGCAGCGCUCCGUCUCCCACGCCCUGCUGAUGGACAUGGGCAAGGGAUUCGCGCUGCCGCCGGGCAUUGACCUGGGCGCUCACAUUGAGCAGGGCUACGCAGAGUUCCGGGGCGCUGACCUGCCGCCCCUCAAGGUCACCGCCAUCGCCAACGACGCCGUGUCGACGCUGGUGGCGGGCAUCUUCAGCUACGGCGGCACGGAGCAUCACCGCGCCGCCAUGGCGCUGAUUCUGGGGACGGGAUCAAAUGCUACGGUGCCCCUGAAGCUGGACCUGCUGCAUCCCAGCAAGCGGCCGCAGACGGUGAGCUUCGUGCCGGGCGAGGACGUGGCUGAUGCGAAGAUUGCAGUCAACACCGAGUGGAGCAUCAACGGCACGCUGCCGCCCAUGCUGGAGGCAAAUCUGGUCACGAAGUGGGAUGAAGCCUUGUCUUUGCAGAAUGAGAGGCCUGGAUUCCAGCCCCUAGAGUACAUGACGGCGGGGCGGUAUCUGGGAGAGCUGGGCCGCAUCAUACUCGUAGACUACCUAGUCACAGAGUGUCGGCUCCCCGUCGAGACGUUGCCGCGGAAGCUGCUCGAAAAGGAAAGCCUGACGACGACGUUUCUGAGCCACUACAAGCCGCUGGAGCCGCUGUCGGCGCUGCUGGAGAAGCUGAGGCGGCAGCUCCCAGAAGAUGCCGGGUCUGGCUUUGCGUGGACGGAGGAGCUCGCAGCGGCGCUGUAUCACAUUGCAAAGGCCAUCGAGGUCCGGGCGGCCGGCAUCAUUGCCGCUGCCAUUGUUGCCCUGCUUACGCUUGCGGACGAGUUACCCGAGAGCAUGGACGGGGAAGAUGGGGGCACGACGUCUCCCGUCCGCGAGCUCGGCGUGGGCUAUACAGGCGGCUGCAUCGUUCACUUUCAGGACUAUCUGGCCGACUGCCAGCGCUUUCUGGACCAGUUGCUAUCGCGCAGAUAUGGUGAAGAGGGGAAAUUGCGUGUGGUCUUGAAGCCAUGCCAUGACGGUGGUGUUACGGGGGCGGGGAUUCUGGUUGUUGCGGAGGCGUUGUCGAGGCAGAGUAAAGCAUGA